CUCCCCCACCCCUCAAAAUGUCUUAAAAGCCAAAGCCGCGACUCGGCUAAGGAGCUUCAGACACUUGGCGCUCGCAGCAACACCACCAAGUUUUUGCAGCAGCCGCACCCCAAACUUGUAAACUUCCCAAAAUAGUAACCAGUUGGAUCAAGGAGCGAAAUGGGUGCCAAUAUGAAUUUCAAGGGGUUCAUGACGGACUUCCAAGGCGACGGCGGAGGCAGGCCGCCGGGAAGCAACAACAACUUAGCGCGGCAGACGUCGAUCUACUCCCUCACGUUCGACGAGUUACAGAACACCAUGGGAGGCCCGGGUAAGGAUUUCGGGUCGAUGAACAUGGAUGAGCUCCUGAAGAGUAUCUGGAGCGCGGAGGAGACUCAGACUAUGGUGCCUACCGGCGUGGUGAGCGGUCAAGAUGGGUUUAACCAGGGACAGCUGCCUCUGCAGAGACAAGGGUCGCUGACGCUGCCGAGGACGCUGAGUCAGAAGACGGUGGAUGAGGUGUGGAGGAACUUGUCGUCUAAGGAAGGAAAUGGCGGCGCCGGCGGGUCCAAUUUGCAGCAGAGAGAACAGACUUUGGGGGAGAUGACGUUGGAGGAGUUUUUGGUCAGAGCUGGAGUUGUGAGAGAGGAUGGUCUUGUCGGUAACUCAAAGCCAGGUGGCAGCGGGUUUUUCGGAGAAUUGGCUCGGUUUGGGAACGCCGGCGGUGGUUUGGGGUUCGGGUUUCAGCAGCCGGAACGGAGUAGUGUUGGGGGUAUGGGGAGUAGGAUUCUGGAGAGUAAUAAUAAUAAUGGGAGUCAAAUUGGUAAUCAGAAUUCGAACUUGCCGCUCAAUGCUAAUGGGGUUAGAUCAAAUCAGCAGCAGCAGAUAUUUCCGAAGCAGCAGCCUGUGAGUUACGGUGCUUCACAGAUAGGUCUGGGGUCGAAUUCUCAGCUUGGUAGUCCAGGAUUGAGGGGUGGGAUUAUGGGGAUAGGAGAGCAGGGGAUGAGUAAUGCUCUGGUUCAGAGUCCAGUGCUGCAAGGAGGAGGAGGAGGAGGAGGAGGAGGAGGAGGAGGGAUGGGAAUGGUUGGAUUAGGAGGUGGGAAUGGUCGAGUGGCGGCAGUGUCUCCGGCGAAUCAGCUGUCGUCAGAUGGGAUUGGGAAUGGGAAGAGUAAUGGGACUGAUACGUCGUCGGUGUCACCAAUGCCGUAUGUGUUUAGCAAUGGCUUUAGGGGAAGGAAAGGCGGGCCUGUGGAGAAAGUUGUGGAGAGGAGACAGAGGAGGAUGAUCAAGAACAGGGAGUCGGCUGCUAGAUCAAGAGCUCGCAAACAGGCUUACACAAUGGAGUUGGAAGCAGAAGUUGCAAAGCUAAAAGAGGAGAACCAAGACUUGAAGAAGAAACAGGAUGAAAUGCUGGAACUGCAGAAGAAUCAGCAGGAUAUGGAGAUUCAAAAUCUUCAAAGAGGAGGCAAGAGACGUUGCUUAAGACGAACACAGUCCGGUCCGUCGUGAAGCGAAGGGCUUAGGAUCGGGGUUACAAUGUGGGGAAGGUGGUGGCUGUACAUAUUUAAGGAUCAUCUGUCUUGUGCUGUAGAAUUUUUGAGAGAAUUAGCGUGCAGUAGGUUGAACUUAUAUCUAUUCUCUAUAUAUGCUUCUCUCUUGAAUAGUAUGACUAGGUAGGCGAGAGGAAGCAAAAUAUGGUCAGGGAGAUAUCCUUGAUACAUAUUGUAGAGUAUGUCCAGUUACCUACAAAUUAGUCAGACCAGUACUUUUAGCAGCAUCUA